AUGGAGCGUCUUCCGGCUGAGCUUGUCCAUGCCAUAGCCUUUGAUGCCGGAGUACUCGGGGCGCGCGAUGUGGACGCCCUCGCCGCCACCUGCACGCGGCUGGCGGACGUCCUGGUCCACGACUCGUGGGGCGCCGCACGUCGCCGGGCUCUGCGCGGCUUGAUGUGGGUGGCGCGUGCGGCGGCCUUUGACGCGGUCGUCUGCUGGUGCGCCGCCGAUGCGAGGCGGGAUGCGGCGGCGGCGGCGCGGCCGAGCGGCGGAUGUGUGCUGGAGUCGCCGGCGAGCCGUGAGAUGCGCGCCGCACUCGAUGUGCUCGCGGCGCAUGUUGAGGCUGGUGCGGGAGCUGCAGACGAGGGGCAGGCUGCGCUGCGCGCCCUGCUGAAGCGUUACGUGGCAGCCGGCGGCGGCGGCGGGCACGAGCUCGACCGAUGCCUCCGCCGGUGGCUGCGAGCUGAUCGCACCACCGCUGUGAUUGCUGCGGUCGGUGACGGCGGUCUCGAGCUGUCGCCGGAAGCGUUUGCAAGGACGGUACAGAGCGUGCGCGGAGCGCACGCUGUGGCGAUUGCCGAGCCUAUUCUUGCCGCGCAGCCGCAGAUGGCACCGUCGCGCGCCACCGGCGCGUUUCUGCUCUCGGUCGGCGCCUUUGCGGCGGGUAGUACGGUCAUCAACCGUGAUGACGGACAAGCGCGAGUUGCCGACGUUCUUGCGGCAUACAGCGGCUUGCCACGGGCGAGCGACGGCGGGCGUAGUGAGCUUGCGCGCAGCCUUAUCGCUCGCUUCGAGGCCGAAGUCGCUGCGCAAGCGCCGGGCGUCCUGGACGAGCUUCUUGUUGGCGCUUGUCGCCACGGCUCGGUCGAUGCGCUGCGUCUUUGGCUGGCGUUGGCGCCUUCGCCUGGCGCGCUCCUGGGUGCCCUCUCUCUUGUCGUCGAAUGGUCGGCCGCCGCCCUGGUCCCAGUCGUUGUGCGCGAACUCCGCGCUGUAGCCAGCACUGCACUGCAGCCUGCCCUCGCGGUGGAGCUUCUGAUAGCAGCCGCGCUCUCGCAGCAGGGACCGGACACAGUUGCCGCGCUUGUGGACGCCGGGCGCGGAUGGAUCACAAGUGCGGCACUGGCUCAAGCUUGGGCGGCCGUCGGCCACGAUGCCGACGUCCGCGACGAGUGCCGUGCGUUCCUUGCAGAGGCCUGCGGCGGCCUUGUGGGCGAUCAGGAAAAGGAGUAG